AUGGAGGGGAGCUUAGAGGCUCUCCACCUGAGAAGCGAUAGUUCUCGAUGCGCCGGCCCAUCGCAAUCGAGCUCAGAGAGAGAAGAGCCGUUCCACGGGUCGCCCUCGGGUUCCUGCUCUCCGGACCCCUCGACAGUUGGCCUGCCUGAGCAGUCUCGUUUCCCUUCAGGUUCUGCCCUCAACGGUAUCCCUCCCUCCUCGCCUUCGUCCUCUCUCUGGUCGUCUUCCUUCUCUGGCGACGCUGGCAAAAUGCAUUCAGCUAGGAAGAAUGGAGACUCUGCGGGGUUUUCUUCUGUUUGGACGGCAUUCGACGAAGAAGACUCUCACUUUCCGCCGACAGCGAGCGGGCAUGCGACAGAGAACGCCCACUCCAACGCACCCACCUCGCUCUGCCCAGGUUCUGCCCUGUCUCCAAGAAAUGCCGACGUCGCGGACGUGCGCUUCCCCUCUCCAUUCGCCGCAGCGGAAAGGCUGUCUCCGUCGGCGUUGUCUCCCCGACCGCGGUCGGAGCUGGGGCGCGAGGAGGUCGAGGUCGAAGCAGACAGUUGGGCUCCAAAGGCGGAGACACAAGAAGAGAGCGGAGACGGACGCCUAGACGAAGGGGAAACGUCUCCGUGGGUGGAAGCGUCUUCCUCGCGCGAAGCAGCACUCACUGGCACUGGGGCUGCCUUUUCGUUCCCUUCUGCGUCGGUCUCUUCGCCCCGUCGAGUUCUUCCGCCGCCUUCAGACUCUGCUUCUCCGAUCUCUCGAGAAGUCUCUUUCUCGGCAUUCGCCGAGUCGUCUGUGCCCGCCGUAGGCUCAGAACCUGGGCACGCAGACCUCGACGGCUUGUGCACCGUAAAGAAGGAAGGAGACGCUUCCUGGCUGCUGGCGGCGCACCCCGGCAUUUCUGCGUCUGUGUCCGAACAGAGCGAGUCGCAGAUCGGAGAGCGGAGAGUGGAAGAAGAGGCGGCGGCGCCGGAGGAAAGGACAGAGGGAAACACAGAAGAAACAGGAGGGAGGGACGACGUCCCUGGCGAGCAGAAGCAUGUAAACGAGGAGUCUGUCUCGCCAGCCCAGUGUCAUGCGUUAUCUCAUCCUUCCAUCGCUUCUCUGUCGCCUCUUCCUCCCUCUUCUGUCUCUUCUUCUCGAGCUGCUUCCGCACUCUCUCUGGGAGGGGCGAGCUCGAGAGCCCCUCUGCUGGGGAGUGGAGCUCUCCUUACUCUCCCUGUUUCUCCUGUUCUCUUUCCAGAGGAGAAAGGGCGGCGCGAAGAGACGGUCCCGAGCUGCGUCUCCUCUUCGUCUCGGCUCGACUCUGCAAGUCCGCCUGACGAGGAAGACGGCGCUGAAGAGAGGCCAGAAAGCGAAGAACGCAAGCAGCGAGAACAAGAGACAGGCGAGAGGGAGAGAGAAGAAGCGAGAGAGAACAGGCCAGCGCGGGGCAACGCCGGGUCUCCUGUCUCUUCGGCCCUGGCGUCGGCGUUCUCGCCCCCGAGAAACAGAGAAGAGACAGAAGAGGAACAAGACUUCCCAAUCCCAGAAGACAGUGACACAGAUCCUGCCGCCACGGAGAAAGAACCGGAGGGCCCCGCCACGCGAGAGGGCGAGUCUCCAGUUCCCAAUGGCCAAUCCCCGUCUUCACCCAUCUUGUCUCCACAUCCAGCGCCAGCUUCUUCCGAUGCGGCCAAUCUUCCCUCUCCUCCCGACAACGCCUCUUCUUCUCUGACUGGAGCCCGUCGACGGCUGGACAUGGUCAACGAUGCCGAGGCGCGUUUGAUGCUCUCAACGCUGAUGCACCCGGACGACCAAGAGAGUCGCAGGUUUCUGCAACAAGUCCAGCAGAAUUCGGCCGCCGUCGCGUCUGGGAUGCCCCAGUCGCAUGCGCCUGCUUCGAGCGGCUUCAUGGCGUCCGGCGCCUUCUGGAGCGGCGGGGGCUGGGGCAGCGCGCGAAGUCGAGACGGCUCGGACUCAGCUUCGCCGUCUGUCUCUGCGGCGUCUCCGCCCGCCGGCGCCUCGCGGUUUCUGUUUCGGGCCCUGAACUUUGGACUUCCGGGGUUCCGCAGUGCACGCCAGGAAGAGAAAGGACGAGGCGAAGAGAGUGAGAGAGAGGUCGCGGACGGAAGAGCGCGGCGGCCGUCUGCGAGUGUGAGCGAGGCAACGACCGAGUUUGAACGCCUCCUGGAGGCCCAGCAACCCAGCGGCGCGGCCCAGGAGCCGGAGGGGCCGACACGAGAAGCGCCUGCUCGGCUUUCUGGCGCCAACGCGGCAGAGAGGAAGCCUGGAGAAACAGAUGGCGAGGCGUGUAGCAGGGCGCCGCCCGAAAGAGAGAACGGCAGGACAGGUGGAAGCGAUCUAGGCCAGCGAGUGGAAAAAAGGGACAGCGAUGCGCCUCGCUCUUCUCCGGGUCUUCCCGCUUCUUCUCCUGUCACACCUAGAGAGAGAAAGGCGCCGCCCAAUUCGACUCUGUCUGCCUCGCCUCCGCUUCCCACUUCUUCCCCGGCGCCUCCCCAAACGCACACAUCCUCUACCUCUCUGUCGUCUUCUGUUUCUUCUUCUGGUUCUGCCUCUGCGCUUGCUUCGCCGUCACCGGCUUCGGGGAAGCCUCGGACGCCGUACAACGUGUUUCUCGACCGGCUGAAGCAUCCUUCGUGUUCCGCAGUCGUCGUCUCCGUGAAGCGGUUUGUGGAGAUGUUUCCUGCGAACCUUCCUCGGGCCGAAGCGGCUCGGCGCAUCCACCCCUUUCUCUCGCAAGUGCAGGCGGCGCUGCUGAAGGCGGAAGUGUUUGCGGGCGCCAAGACGGAGAGCGAGCGGCAGCAGGUGAUGGAGGGGCUGGAGCGUUUCGUGUUGCAGAAGUUGCAUGCGAUUCUGUUCCGCGAGACGGCGGAAGACCGCGAAGAAAACGAGGCACUGCGGAAGAAGCUGCACUGUCUCUCCUGGGUCGAGUUCCGCCACCUGGAAGUCCCUCCGCUGCCGAACGCCUCGGCUCUCGCGCUGGGGGCGCGCGAAAUCGAACGCAUGGACAAGAUGCGGUGUCCGCGGGAUAAGCUGGUUUUGAUUCUCAACUGUUGCCGCGUCAUCAUCGCCGUGCUCGACUCUGCCAGCAAGGCCGCCGGCAGCUCGACGCCGCCCGCAGCCGACGAUCUCCUCCCGCUCCUGAUCUACACGCUGAUCCAGGCGAAACCGAACGCUCUCCAUUCGCACAUCCAGUUCAUCUCCUUCUUCCGGCACCCUUCGCGGCUCGUCAGCGAAGAAGCGUACUUUUUCACGCACUUUUGCUCCGCCGUCGAGUUCGUCAAGAUGCUCGGCCAGCCCGGAGUCACUCUGAACGACGUGACCGACGAGGAGUACAGACGCCGGAUGACGCAAGCGGAGGCCGAGUACGAGAGGCGCCGCGAAGCAGAAAGAGAGACGGCGGAGAAAGGGGCGACGAAAGAGGGACACGCACAGAAAAUCGAUCCGCGGAAAACCCUUCCACCCGCAGACAGCGUGGAGAAUCCACGUGGGGCUUCGCAACGGGGCCGCCUGGGAGCGGAGACAGCUCAGGGACCGGUGAACGCAGACACGGGCGAGAAAUCCGGCGGCGAGGGGUCGACUUCGCUGGAUCCUGGGGCGGUCGUCGCUGCCGAUUCCAGUGCAGAGGCGGGAGCAAAGAAAGACCCGAAGGAGAAAGACGGGCAAGACUUCGCGGGGGCGGCGCCCGCGGCCUUGGCUGCAGCGGCUUCGGCGCUGUCGACUCUUGAGCACCUCUCCUCGUCUUCUUCACCCUUUGUCCGGGGAAGCUAUGGGAGAACCGGAGCGAAGCACAGCGAACUGCUUGAGCUCUGCGGAGACAUUCAAAGGCAGCCGCUGUCCUUCCAGGAGGUUUCCAGCGCAGAUCUAAAAGUCGGGCAGAUCCCGGCGCUGCUCGAGGAGUACAAGGAGCUCGUAGAGCUGCUGACCAAGGCUGCGUGUCUCCUGCGCGAACUAGGCAGCGACACGGACGCGAAACACAGCGGAAAGAAAUAG